AUGGAAGCACUCCUGUCUCUCGCCUUCGACAACCUGUCCUCGUACGACGGGCCCAAGAUCCGCAAGGGUCUGCGCCAAGUCGAGGGCCUCCUGGCGCCCAUGUGCCUCUCGGCCCCCCGGAGCGGCAGCAGGAGGCAGGCCGAGCCGGGCGACGAGAUCACGCCGCCGCCGACGCCCCCGCGCAAGGAGCUCUCCGACCUGGCCGACGACCCGGCCUUCCGCGAGUUCUUCAAGCUGCAGGAGGGCUUCGAGUGGAACGUGGCCAUGCGCCUGGUCAGCACCCUCGACCGCCUGCUGUCUAAGGGCAACGACGGCCAGAACGACCUGCUCAUCCUGAGCGCUCUCGAUCUCAUGCAGGGCAUCCUGCUGCUGCACCCGCCGAGCAAGCUGCUCUUUGCGCGCGAUCAAUACAUGAAUCUCCUCCUAGACCUCCUCGAGCCCGUCAACUGCCCAGCCAUCCAGUCCGCCACCCUGCUCACCCUGGUCGUCGCCCUGAUCGACUGCCCCCAAAACACCCGCUCGUUCGAGGCCCUAGACGGCUUGCUGACCGUCACCUCGCUCUUCAAGUCGCGCUCCACCUCGCGCGAGGUCAAGCUCAAGCUCGUCGAGUUCCUCUACUUCUACCUCAUGCCCGAGGUGCCCUCCAUCCCCAAGGCAGACUCGCGCGACUCGGUCCCCGCCAUGCUGCAGCGCAGCCCUAGCAAGCUCGCCAAGGCGUUCAACAACCAGUCCACCAGCCGCAGGAGGGCCGACAGCGAGGACGGCGACGGCACGAGGUCGACGGAGGAGAAGCAAUUUCUGCUCGGCAGGCAUCUGCCCAAUGUGGAAGACCUCGUCAGGGACCUGCAUACCUGCACUCCCUUUGGCGGUGUCCUCGAACCGGCCGUCGAUGGUAUCCGUCGCCGCGUCCUUCUCGACGGGACUCGCACCGCCGCCGUCGCUCGGCACGAUGCCGGACUGCGAGUCCAUCAUCUCCACCGGCGCGACGAUGUCGUUGGGCCCCUGCGGCUCCGCCGGCACGCCGGACCGGCUGCGCCUCUGCGCCCGGCGCACCGUCGUCGGCGACCCCGCGCCGCCCGCGGCGUGCACCUCGCCGUCGCCGUCCGCGCGCAGGCCGCCCGCCUCGGUGUAGGGCCCCUCCACCGCGUCCGGGCCCGUGUAGUCCCGCGCCAGGCCGCCCAGGCCGCCCAGGCCGCCCAGGCCGCCCCUGCUGCUGGCCCCCGCUGCUGCUGCUGCCGCCGCCGUACCGCUACCGGUGCCGGUGCCAGUGCCGGUCCCGGAGCCGCCUGCUGGCCCCGCCGCGUCGGAGGUCAUGUCGUCCCACGCCGCGUCGCUCAUCGGCGGCCGCCCGGCCCAUCCGCCGCCGGGACCCGCCGCGGCGGAGGCAGACGCGUCGGACCGCCUGCCCCCGCUGCGCCGGCGGCGGAUGAACAGCAGCGCCAGCCCGCCGAUGACGAGGCUCGCGCCCGCCGCAACGCCGACGCCGACCCCGGCCUUGGCGCCGUCGGACAGUCCCCCGCCGUCGUCGUCGUCAUCGGGCGCCGGCACGGCCGUGAUCCCGCUCGCCGUCGGCAGGGCGCAGUACGCCGCCCCGCCGACGCGGGUGCACGGCUGCAGCGCGCCGCAGCACCCGCCGCCCUCGCUGGCCGGGCACGGCGUCUGCCCGGGCCGCUCGCAGUCGCCCCCCGUGGCCGCGGGCGUGACGCGCGUCGGCAUGCCGUUCGUGGGCGUCGGCGCGCCGAUGCACUGCCUGUCCGAGGCGCAGGCCGCGCUGUAGGCGCAGCACCCGCUGCCCAUGUCCGCGGCGCAGAGGUACUGCGACGUGUUGGGGCAGCGGCGGGGGCAGCACGCCUUGAGCGUGGCGGCGGAGGAGGUCGUCGUCGUCACCGGGGAGGAGCCGCGGCCGGUAGACAGAGUGGCGGUCGCGGGCAGGGUCGUGGUCACGUUGCAGACGUAGGAGGCCGUGUUGCAGAGGGUCAUGCCGCAGCUGGAGCCGAUGGCGCAGCAGCCCGGCUCGAGGGUGUCCUCGUUGCGCAUGCAGUACUUUGUGUUUUCGCAGCAGAGGGUCGGCGCGCCGAUGUCGAGGCCUGUUUGUCGGGGCAGUCGGGUCCGUGUUAG